UAGCAGAGUUACAAAUUUUGUUGGGUAUUCUUCAGAAAAGGUAAUGGCAACCAAAUUAAAAUUACAAAGUUGGAAGAAGGUGUUGAAAGAAAAGUUGAUAAUAAAUCAAAAAGAAUGGGGUUUCUUGUCGCUCAAAAGACCAAAAAGAAGAAAAUGACACAAACAAAUGGUCUAUGCACUAAAUAAUAAUCGGUAUGAACAGAUUCGGAAAAAUUUAACAUCUUGGCAUUCCAUGUUUCUUCCGGCGGCAAAUGAUAAGCUGCAGACUUGCUGAAAUGGAGAUGCGAGAAGUAGUGGAGACAAAAUUAUUUUUAUGCAUUUCAAUGAUGUCCUACCAAAUUCACUUGUGUGUAGGUGACUCACUUUUCCUCUUCCCCCGAAGAGGUUUGGUUGGCCUGCUCAGGCACCCCGCAAGGUUGCUCCUGGGAAGAGCCAAGUUCCCUUGGUGUUUUUUUUUUAAUGUUUCUUUAAGAGGUAAGGGUGUAGUCCACCUCUUUGUUUUUCAAUCUAAAAUUAAUGAAUAAAUUCUCUUUUAAGGAGUUCAAAAUUUGAUUUCUGCCUCUCUUAAUUUGAAAAGUAUAUUAUCUGGGGAUAGUCUAAUUUGAUGAUUCCAUGAUCUAAUCGUAGCGGUUUUGAUUUCCCCAUCACGGUUGGUUUUAUGGAUACCUGCUAACACAUCGCCAAGCACAAGCAGCUUCUAGUUUUUAACUUCAAGGAAGGACCGUAUAGUGAUUUUAUCGAUAGUGGAAGUCCCUUGCAGAAUAUUUUCCAAUGGCAAGACAGAAAUUGCAAGAGCGAGAGAGAUUUUUAGGGUCGGAACCAGAAUUAUAUCAAGGAUUCAUCGUCAGUUUCUGCCAUUUGAAGAAAACUGGUUUACUCUUUAACACUCCAAAGUAUCAUCUAAUUAUGGUAUUGGUAACAAAACGAUAAACUGAAGAGCUACGGUGAACUUCAGAAACAACAUCAUUGAGGAAAAUGCAUUCGUGUUCGAUGCUUCGGCGGUUUUGCUGCUACAAUGGAGCAUCUUCUGGUCUUAAACCUGCGACAAAUAAGAAACAGCUUGUUUUUAUGGGAUCCCCUGAGGUGUCGGUAUCUGUUCUAGACGCCUUAUUUGAUGAAUCCAAAGCUCCUGAUUCUCCAUUUCAGGUUGCAGCAAUUGUCACACAACCCCCUUCAAGAAAAGAUAGAGGGAGAAAGGUGAUGCCUUCACCUGUCGCACAACAUGCUCUGGACAGAGGUUUCCCAUCAGAUCUCAUUUUCACUCCACAAAAAGCUGGGGAGGAAGAAUUUUUAUGUGAUCUCAGAGCCUUAAAACCUGAACUGUGCAUCACAGCAGCCUAUGGGAAUAUUUUACCUAGAAAGUUUCUAAAGAUUCCACCACUUGGAACAGUCAAUGUUCACCCCAGUUUGCUGCCUCUCUAUCGUGGUGCUGCCCCUGUUCAAAGAGCAGUGCAGGAUGGUGUUAAAGAAACUGGAACAUCACUUGUGUACACAGUUCGUGCGCUAGAUGCUGGCCCAGUUAUUGCCUGUGAAAGAUAUGAAGUUGAUGACCAUAUUAAGGCGACUGAAUUACUGGGCAUCUUAUUUGAUAAAGGGUCUGAACUUCUGAUCCGUGAACUUCCCUCUAUAUUUGAUGGAUCUGCAAGGGAAAAAGCACAACCACAAGAUGACUCCAAAGCUACUCAUGCCGCGAAGCUAACACCGGAGGAAGCCUGGUUGUCCUUUGAUCAAGAAGCUUUUGUCCUACACAACAAGGUUCGGGCUUUUGCAGGUUGGCCUGGAACCCGAGCAAAAAUCUGCAUUCUUGAUCCUCUGAAUGGUCAGCAGGACACUCUUGAGGUUAAAAUAAUUACCACGAGAAUUUGCAUCCAAAAGGAUGUUCAGGAUCAUGCUAAGGAUGACGUGACUCUUGUUGGGGGUGCCCUGCAGUUCUCAUGUGGUGGAGACACAACACUAGAGGUACUUGAACUCCAGCUUCCAGGUAAGAAACCAGUGAACGCAGCUUCCUUUUGGAAUGGGUUACGGGGACGUAAGGUCAAAAGGUUAUGAUCCAUUGUUGAAUUUGCAUCCUAUUCGCCUAUGUAAUUAAAUUAUUGUAAGUGCAGUUUUGUUAUUACUUCUGUGCGGUUGUACUUUUCCGCUGGAAUUGAAUUUGUAGCCGUCAGAAUCAGUCACCAAUUUUGCAAUCAAAACUUCCCUUUCUUAGCCAAAA